CUCGGGUAAAUUAAAUUCUACAAAAUUUGUCAGAUUCCAUUUCCACGGAGCUGCAUUUUAACGCUUCAAACUCCUUUCCAACCCACAACACAAUGGUGACUUGCCCCCUGCUGUAGCGACCAGGCCAGGGGAGAGGAGGAGUUGUGGAUCCAGGAGCGGACCAUGGAGCAGUGUGAAACUGCUGUGAGCCCCAGCAUAGAUCACUCAUGGAAGGCAGCGACAAUAAUGAGGAAGGCCUGGAUCCAGAGCAGAGACUCCUGGCAGGGCCUCUCUGAGAGCCAGGACACCCAGGAUCAGGAGGGUUGCAGCGAGAAGACACUGUGUCCAGAUCCCACUAUGGAGGAGAAGACAGCCCCGGCCGAGGAGCAUGUGCCCGUCCCUAAGAAGAUUGCGAGCUGGCUCAAGGACUGCAGGACCCCUCUUGGGGCCUCUCUGGAUGAACAGAGCAGCACUCAGUCCAAGGGAGUGCUAAAGAAUGGCUGCAGCUUUGAAGACUACUUUUCUCUGGGAGCUGAGGCAAACCACCUUCAGCCCAACAGUGCCAAAGCAGAGACACCCUGCUAUGGGAUAUGUGCAAAGGACAAGAGGAGCCAGUUCCUACAGAACAGGAGUAUGAACUCAAUAGGCUCAGGGAAGAGCAGCACCAGUGUAUCCAGUGUGUCUGAGUUGUUGGACCUAUAUGAAGAGGAUCCAGAAGAGAUCCUGUAUAACCUGGGGUUUGGCCGGGAGGAGCUGGAUAUCGCCUCAAAGAUCCCCUUGCGCUUCUUUAACAGCCCCUCUUGUGCUAAGGGCAUCGAUCUCAAGAUGUACCUGGAAGCACAGCUACAACGCACAGAGAUGGAAAAACCCAACUAUGCCCUGACAAGUCGUUUCCGUCAGAUCGCGGUCCUGACCACAGUGGCCAACGAAUUAUUCCAUCUCUACUCCCAGGUGUCGGGCCAGCCCGUCCAAAAGAUCUGCAGCCUGGAUGGGGAACCCCUUACCAUCGUCACUCCUUCUCCUCCGACGAGGAACAACUCAGCCCUGAACGCAGCCAAGAUCCUAAAGAAGACCAUCACCAAGCAUAACCUGUUGGGUGGGGCAGCAGAGGAAGUCUCUCAUAGCCCCACAGCCCUGUCUACUACCACAGAGAAACAAGCAGACCAAUUGAGUCCAGGUACAGGGGACAGCGCCAUCACUACUGACUCCGGCCACAAGGGGGAGCUCAAGCAGAAGGCCUUCAUGAAGAAGGAAUCUACUUCUCCGGCGAUGUUGACUGAGGACAGCCACUCUAGAGGCAGCGCUGAAGCCCCCCUGAGCAUCAACGGACACCACGCUGGAGUGAAUGGAGACAGUCCUAAGCUAAAUGGAAAUGGCCUGGCGUUGACAGGAAGUGGAGAAAAUCACAUUUCGUUCACUGUCAGUGUUGUCCCUGAGGAGGCCCAGGAGGGUGACCUGAGCCUGUGCAGCGAGGCUGACCUGGAGAAAGAGCACCAGGAAAUCCAUCAGAAGGGCCAGAGGGCCAUCCGAUCAACCCCAGACGAGGAACCUAACUACAGCCUGAUGCACAACGCUCACAUCACCCACCACCACACGCAGGCCAAGGAUUCCUUUGAGAUGGAAGAGGUCCAGAGUAAUAAGAAUGAAGCUCUACUUGGAACUUGCAGCCCCUCUAGAGCAGGCAGUGAACAACAACUGAGAACAACCAGCCAGCAGUCAGACAGUAGUGGUUUUGCAGAGGGCCCCUCUACUGAUGGCUCAGCUAACAAUUUAAAGAUACAGGAGAGCGCUGACAGCUGUGACUGUGAGACCAUGCUGAUGUCCUAUGCUGGGGAGGUGACCACUCCUCUAGCCCUUGAACACCCUGCCUUUGAGAGGCUGCAGUUAAAGGAGGAACAGGAGGAGGAGGAUGUGCAGAUACCCUCUGUCCUACAGAAACACCUUGAGGAGGACGGGAGGGGGAGCAAGAGCCCUAUUGGGGAGGAAGAGCAGCGGCAGGAGGUGCCACAGUACACCUUCCACCAGUUACCUAAACCAGAAGAUAGAGGAGUGGCCCAAGACUCGGAGCAGGACCAGCAGCAUAGCACUGCUGAGGAAGCUGCUUCUUAUCCUGCGUCUGAGACUCCUCAGUCAACUCCUGAGACUUGCCAUACUGUUGAGUCUGAUCCUGACACGGCUACAGUGCCUGGUCCUACAGAAGACCAUGGCUCCAUCCUGACCCCUGACUGCAGCUCCUCUGGUGCCCCAGCCAGGGAGGGUGUGACUGACAGGGUGGAGAUGGAUGCCAGGCUCUCCAGCCCUAGACCCAGCUGCCCCAUCUUCAGUGCCUCACCCAGGAUUCACGGGGCCCAGCAGAGGGCCUUGUCCCCAGGCCUCCAGGGCCCCUGCAUGGAGGGGAAGGUGAGGGAUCUGUUCAGGAGAAGAGUCCCCCUGCCGAGGUCCCGAUCUCUGCCUACCUCCCUCAGCCCCUCCUGUGCGGUCUCCUCUGUCAGGAUCCAGUUUGGCCAGGGGACAGUCAGGCACUGCACUCGGACGGUCUUUUCCUACCGAUACACCCCAGAAGUGGAGGAGGAGGUGCAGGUGGAGGAGGAGGUGCAGGUGGAGGAGGAGCAGGUGGAGCUGGAGGUGGGGUCCAUUGUGGAAGAGGAGGUUCCAGAGGAGGAGUUUCAGAGCAGAGGCAGCUUUUGCUCUAUCUUAAUUAUCAACAGAGAGGCCGAGCCAUCUCAUGGCCCCGGGCUACAGAGAGAUGGGGAGCUGAGAAAGCUUCAAGGCAGAGUUCCCCUCCCCCUCGCCAUCCCCCGCCACCUGACCCUCUCAACCCUCUCACUGCACAGCCACAGCCCCCCUCCUGAGUGGGGAGAGAGACCUCUGGUGGAGCACCACCGUACCUGGAGCACCUGUAGCGUACCUAACCUUACCCAACGUAACCUGGCACAGCAUAACCACCCUAACCUGAACCACUUCAAUAACCCUAACCUCACUCAGCACAGCAACCCUAACUUAAACCUCACUCAGCACAGCAACCCUAACUUAAACCUCACUCAGCACAGCAACCCUAACUUAAACCUCACCCAGCACAGCAACCCUAACUUAAACCUCACUCAGCACAGCAACCCUAACUUAAACCUCAACCAGCACAGCAACCCAGAUUUCAACCUCACCCAGCACAGCAAACCUAACCUGGCGCACUUCAAUUACCCUAACCUCACCCAACACAGCAACCCUAACUCUACCCUCACACAACACAACCUAGCCCAACACAAUAACCCCAACCUGCCACAGCACACAGUCCCCAACUUACCCCAUCAUAUGGCCCCUAACCAUCCUUACCAGAGUCCUCCUUACACUAACAACAUGGGCAGCACCCUUCCACACAACUUCCCGCACAGCACACACUACCCCUUUUCCCCGUACAGCUCCCCCUAUAAUACCCCGCCCCAUAGCGACCCUUUCAGUUCACCUUACUAUAACUACCACGGUAACCCAUAUAGUGGGUCCUACAGCUACCUUCAUAGCAACAAUCAUUAUACUGCCCAUAGCUCUUACUCUAACCCAUCACACACACCUUCCAAACUGCCUCCACAUAUCUCUACUGCCCCCUAUGGAGAACCAUACAGUACUCCAUUCCCUGGCCACCAUCAUCUGUUUCCUUACCCCCAUGGAGUUGACCCUAUGGGGGCAGCCCCUAAUUCCCACCUUCCACCAGCCCUGUCUACCACUGAGAUGCAGCUCAGACGGGUCCUUCAUGACAUCAGAGGAAGUGUACAGAACUUGGCUCAGAAUUCAUCAGAUUGCAGAGCAGACGUUUUCAAUCGUCAGAGAUCUGCCCAGCCACUGUUUGAGACCUCUCUCCAGAAGGAGCUGCAGGCUAAGAGGAGGAGUCUGAGUGUGUUCCGGACACAGAUGAUGGAUCUGGAAGUAUCCCUGAUGAAACAACAGGCGUUAGUCUACCAGCACCUCAGUCACGACGAGAGGCAGGAGGCGGAGCAGCUGCAGGGCCUGCGGUCAGCAGUGAGACAAGAGCUGAAGGAACUAGAGCUCCAGCUAGAGGAUCGGCUGCUGACCUUGAACGAACAGCUCCGCUCUGCCAGCCACCACAGUCUCUACCGCCACCGCAUGAGCGGUCACAGCAUGUACAGCCUGUCUAACAGUUCUGUUCUGAGAGCUAUGGAGCCGAUGUUGAACCUGCUGAUGGAACCGCUGUACCUGCAGACAGAGCUGGGCUACGAGGGAGGGGCAGAGAGCAGACCAAGCAUGGCACCCACUCCGUGCUCAGGCCGCUCCUCCAGAUCAGCCAGUCCAAUGAGGUCCUCCGGAUGUCACCCAGACCCCUCCCACACCCCAGAGCUGCCCCUCCCUGGUCCCCAGAAGACAGAGGUGUAUCGAGCCUCCAUCUCCCUCACCCCAGCCCCCCCUCCACGGCCUGGUGCCUCCACAGGGUUCUCCCAGGGCCAGAUCAAUCCUCUAGAGGCCCAGGACCAUGCCAUAGACCAGGCACUGACAGGAGAGCAACAUUCAGAGGAUCGAGCGCAAAGAGAGGAAGAGGGCAGAAGAGGAAGAGGGGCAGCUGUAGACCCUCACCUGCUAGAGGAGAGGGGUAGGGAGGGAGGAAGAGGAGGAAGAUUAGUUGUAGGAAGGGCAAACAACCCCCAGCUACAGCAGCUCAUCAAGGAGAUCAAAGAGAGCCUUGCUGAUGAGAUCCGACAGGAGAUAGCCAGUGAGCUCCUGGCGGCCGUAUCUCCACGACGAUCACCUGUGUUGGCCAGAGAAUACCCCCUGUUAGACUGUUGACAGGUCCUACAUCUGAGUUGAAGAUAACCACUGGUAAAGUCUACCCAUUCUACUCAACCUGAACACUGGUGAAGCCAUACACUGAACAGCCCAACAACCUUUUUACCACUGUUUCUACUAUUUCCAGAGAGUCUGAUGAUGGCAGAUACCUUAACACUGUGUUUUCAACCAUAUAGGUAGUUUUUUUUAUUUCAAUGGUUUCUUCUCCUCGGUAGUCUGCUGACUGACAGAUACUCUGGGGCCUCAUUUAUAACCGUUGCGUAAAUUCCACACUAAAUAUCUGAAUAUCUGCAUGUGCCAUUUCUGAAAAGACUGCAUACAUACAAAAAUAGAGAUUUAUAAACUUGGCAUACGUAUGUUUAUUGUUAUAAAUCACACCCGUCCUGAAACUGUGAGUGAAAGAGCAUCAGUACUCUUUCUGAAAAACGCCCAUCUACCUUUUAUGGUGACAAAAACGUCCUUAUUCGCUGUAUACUUUCGAAGUAUUUGAGCAGUUUUCUAAAGGAAAUAGCAAUAGCGAACUUGAUCAAAUGUCUUUGGAGGUGAUUGCAGAAUGUUACACUUUUGCAAUGACAUUUGCUGUAGGCCUAGGCGAUCUGAUAGACAAAAAGUUAAUGAAAGACAACAACUCUUGCAAAUUGCUGUUGAGCUGUGAGCAGACCGUUUUAAUUGAAUUGGGCCUAAUGUUUUGCAAUGACUUUUUCUCUGAACGAUGCUACACUGCCCUCGAAUUCUGAAACAUUCUCUACUUACAGUGGUCGACAUGCACACUACAAUGCACCUGUUCACCUGGUACAUUUGAAUUUAGUUAUACAUUCAAAUAGCUUAUCUAAUAGGCUUAAUUAAAUGAGAGAUGCGCAUGGUCAUUUUUUGUAGGCUAUGGUUACUUCAGAAAUAUGGACCAAUAAUGUCCAGAAAAGGUGAAGAAUUUAUUCUGCAAUAGUUAUGAAAAUAUGUAUUAUGUGUAUAAAUGCAAUAUUGUCUACUCAAGAAAUGUUAAAUUACAGUAUUCAGAUGUCGGCUACAGUAACCUGCAACCCAUCUGUUCCACCGUUAAUACUACUGCGCUCUGGAUCGGAUGGCAUAGAGCAAAAUACUUGAAAUAGCUUAUCUAUUUACUACUGUGAAGUGGGUCCAAUUAAAGCAGAUAUGAGAUGAAUGCUAUUCCUGUUGUUGCCCGAUAUAGGCUACCUCGUGAGUAUGACACCAUCACAGAAAAGGUGAGGAAUUGAUUAUGCAAUGAUCAUGGAAAUAAAUAAUAAAUAGUAGCCAGGGAUAUAGAUGAGUGUCUAAUUAUUUUAAAAUGCAAAGAUACACUAAAUAUAUUUUCUCUUUACUCACUAACGGAAAAUGAUUGCAUCUUGUCAUUAACCUGUUUAUUGUUAUGCAUAAGCGUGUCCAUAUCCUCCAUUUGCACAAAAUAUAAAUGUACUUGCCUGCUUGCAAUACAAUAUUUCAACCACUAGAAUCUGCAUAAGCAUUGUCUGAAGUCUGCGAGAAGGUGAGCACGUUUUUACAUCAAGUUCAGUUUUUAUAAAUGCCAAUUUUUGUGUGAAAAUUGGCACACACAUUUUUUGCAAUUUAUUUUGUACCUGCCAAAGGUUUAUAAAUGAGUUCCCUUGUAUCUUAAGACCUGUAUGCUGUGUGCCUUGGAGACACUAAUGCUGCUAUAUACUUUCUGUUAUAAUGAACUGUCUUGUUCUUUGUCUUAACCGUCCUAUUUCAAACACUCAGAAUGACUAACUACUGCAUUACUCAUGUGCUGUCAACAGGGGUGUAAUUGGAGGGGAACUAGAGUUCGCAAAGUAAAAUAAUUUUGACAUGUACAAAAUGUGUUUAAGUUAACUGCCCAGUGUUUCCAGAUAUCUGUGAAACAUGACCUAUAAUAACUUACAAUAUGAGCUAAAUAGUUUUACUUCUAUUCUUUUUAAUUAAGUGUUAAAAAGCUGUUUUUCUGUGUUGGAAUGUUAUGGGUGUACCCCAACAAAAGAAUGGUGUGGGCAUAUACCCGGUCAUUAAAAAUAUUAAUGCUAGUAGACCGCUGAUUGGCUAUCUCCUCCUCCUCAUAGAGAUGACAUAAUGUUCUAUGAGGAAAUGGCAAGCAUUUUUGUGUUUUAUUUUUUUCAAUUUAUGCUGGCAACAUAUGAGCAUAGGAAGAGUCAACAAUUUUGGGGGGAUAUAAGUUAACAGAAUAUAAACUUUUAAAAGUUCUAUUUUCACUGGGUCGUUACUUUACGGUAAAUUCUAGGAUCAGUAAGUUCCCAGAGUGACUUUUCUCCAAUUCCAUCUCUGGUUGUUGGUGAUAUUGUUAUUAUGUUAUGAUAUGAUUCUGACGUUGUGUAUGGGUUGUAUUUAAGCACAUAGAUGUGGAUCAGGGGUGCGUCUCUUGUCCUAAAGGUGAAAAAUAGAGUUAGAAGAUGAUUAUGGUUGUAUGGGAAUUUAGUGUCAGCUGUAAAUUACCAUGCCCUCCUCUUCUAAUGCCAUCUCUAUGAGGAACUAAUCAGACCUGGUUUCAAAUACUAUUUGAAGUCUUUUAAAUACUUUGAUUGUUUGCUCAGCUUGCCUGUAGUGCCAGAUGGGCAGGGUUUGCCGUUUUGGGACUAUUCUAAUGGCUCAUUAAGCCAGGCAAGGUCAGAUAAAGUAUUUGAACCCAGGUCUGGAACUAACUAUGCAAUACAUUUCACUGUCUCUGAACUUGAAAAUAUCAUUAGUAGAAAGACUAUAUCGAGCUCUAUCAGACAAGAUACUGUUAAUUCUACUGUGUUUCUACUCUCCAGUUCAGGCCACCUGUCUGUCUCUAGUACCCCUUUAAAGAAAAUAUCUCAGGACAAAUACAUUUAGUGGUUUUUAAUGUCUAUUUAAGAUAAGAAAUACAGGUAUGAAUUUUUGUUUGUUUUUAAUGUGAGACACUAACAAAAACACGCAUCUGGGUAGUAUUCAUUAGGCACCAAACAGAGGAAAAUUGAUUGCAUCGUGCAGGGACUAAAUUUGAUUUGAUUUGGACUUACUUUCUGUAGAAUCUUUUAAAAAUAACGUUUUCAAUUGUUACCCUAAUGAACACAACCCAGGACAAAGGUGUGAAAUGAGUAUAAUUCAUACAUUUAAGUGGUGCUUUUUAAAAGCAGUAGUUGAUGCAACCCAAUUAAACUUGUCGUUUCCGGUUUGGACAUAUUAUGUACAUAAUGUUUGUUAAUUAAAUAUUGGUGCACCUAAAACUUUGAAGGAAUGCAAAAGGGACUAAUUUGGUGGAAUGACCCACUUACUACAUAGCUGUAGACGAUCUGUACUUACCUGUAGCUUACUUGUACUUACUAAUGGUCAAGCACAGACAAACAUGCAACUUAUAACUUCUCUUUUCCCCUAUAUGCUGAACUGUGCAUCACCCCUGAGGUGGCACCCAGUCGCUUGUCCGGCCCGCUCCACACCUCCAGCCCCUGCCUCUAAUUCUCUGGCAUUUCCUCCAGAGGUAUUAGGUGUUCCUAGGUCGUACGUGUUUAGAGGCACAGAAUGAUCCCUGAGCAUAAAUGGGCACCAUUGACGGCAAGGCGAAAACACACUGGUUGCGUCUCAAAUGGCAUCCUAUUCCCUACAUAGUGCACUACUUUUAACCAGGGUCUAAAGUAGUGCAGUAGGGAAUAAAGUGCCAUUUGAGACGCAGAACUGCCCCAACCAUGGGCACUGGGACUGUGGGCCUGUUUGUGUGCCACUCAGUUUGACUUGGUGUGCUGUUAAUAACAGGUCUGUGUUGCUGAGGUUAUUACUUUUCUCUUAAGCGCUCCUUUAUACUGUUUAUUAUGGUUUCUCUGUGUACAGCACGGUGACACAUUGUGAACAUUACAUCAGCAUACUGUGUUUUGUCUUCUCAUUCUAGCUUGGAUCUUCUGCCAUUUCUAGACAGAUGCCAGACACAGGGAAAUGGGUCAUUUAUGGUUAUUUAUGGUUCAUCACAUUGAGGACUGCAUGUCAGAAUGUUGUUGUUUUGCCACUUCACUUAAAUUGAAGUUUUGGUCAGUCCUUGCAGACUACUACAUCAUCCACAAAUAAACAUGUUAUUUAUUUGUAUGUAUUUGAACAUUGUGGUUGCAAUAAUGAUGAAUGAAAUCAAAUAAAUCUUAUUAAUGAA